GAUAUAAAACGUCGGUCAUGGAAGGCCUAAUGGUUUACUUUUCUCAUCAGCUACUCUCUUCUCUAGUUAACAUCAUCUCUCAAAACAAACAUUUCCCCAUCUCUCUCUCUCUCUCUCUCUCUCUCUCUCUCUCAAGAACAUUUGAUCAGGAUCUGAAUAUGACAAAAGUAUACCCAAACUCGGCUUCUUCACCCACAGCAACCGCCAGGUUCAGUAACCAGUCUUCAUCAUCGCGGUGGUCUCGCAACCAGCUCCCUAGAUUGUCAAAUGAUCAUCGCUCGGCCGCCGCCGACGACUCGUCAUCGUCGGAGCAGGUCGUGCUGACGGUAUGGAAGAAAUCCUUGCUCUUCAACUGCAACGGCUUUACUGUAUUCGACGCCAGAGGGAACCUGGUUUUCAGGGUCGACAAUUACAUGGCCGCAUCGGGCAACAACGGCGAGAUCUUCCUCAUGGAUGCCGCCGGCAAGCCCCUCCUCACCAGCCGCCGCAAGAGGAUGAGCCUGACAGAGAGCUGGUUGGUGUUCGAGGGCGAAACGACGACGAAUCCCAAAUUUUGUGUGCGGAAAAAGGCGAUGAGCGUGCUCAAUCCGAAAUGUUUGGCGCAAGUGAGCCACUGUGGUGGUAACAACAACUUAGUGUAUGAGAUAGAAGGAUCUUAUGCGCAAAGACGAUGUACAAUGUAUGAUUCGAAGAGGCGGAUUGUGGCGGAGAUCCGGCAGAAGGAGGCGGCGUGCGGCGGCGGUGUUGCUUUUGGGUUUGAUGUUUUCCGCCUCAUAGUUCGGCCCGACAUGAUGGACACCUCGUUAGCUAUGGCGCUUGUGAUCCUUCUGGACCAGAUGUUUGGAUCUUCCAGGCGUUCUUCUCUUUCUUCACCUACUUAAUUACUUGUGAGGCUACUUUAUAUAGCUACUCAGAUACCCAAAAAAAAAAAAAAAAAAAAGAGUUAUCAACCAAACGUAGCAGCACACAGUAAGUAAAUUUAAAUUUUCGACACUAGCUAGUAUGUAAUUAGUUUCGUAUUAUCAUAGUGAUUGGCUUCUUCUUUCCUCCAUAUAUAGAGUUUAUACUUUAUUCAAUGGAUCUUCAUGCGUGUCCAAUGUCCAUCCACUUUAGCGAAGCGGUGUUAGCAAAUGGAAUAUUAAUCAACGAUCAUAUGAAGGGGGAAAAAGUCCCAUAUAUCAUACCACCUCAUAGGGAAUCCGAUACUCUAUUUAGUUUUUUUAUACAUAUAAAGUUAGUGGAUGCUCCAGCGUAUAUCACAUAUGUUGGAUGUACUUUGAUGUAAUUCGAUGAAUCAUUAACCACCGGUUAAUAUGAUGAGAGUGUCAUGUCCCAUUUGACUCAUAUCCAAUCUUGUGUUGAUGCGAGCCCAAUGACGGCUCCAACGGGGCCAAGAUGAAGACAAGGAGGAAAGGAACUGGCGGCUCUAGCAGUUGUAGCGAUCGGGUUUUUAUCGUGGAAGAAUUCGCGACCAGUGGAAACAGGGGGAAGGGCAGGUAUUCCGUCCAGGGAAUUUCCCCGGCCUGAGACCCAAAAUAUCUAACCGGGUAUUUAGAUCGGGUUUCGGGUCUGACCGACGAGAUUUUUGUGUGUUUAAGUUAUUUUUGUAUUUUUAAUUGUCCAGACCUAUAUAAAGGUUGAAACUCGGGUUUUAGGGUUAGUUUUUAGCAGAAUAUUGAUUUUUACCUUGGUUUUGAGCUUGAGGAUUUUGACGAAUUGAAUAGAAACCCUUUGGUUUUGUGCAAGUUUGCGAACUUGUGUGAGUUUGGUGGAUUCCAACCUCGUGAGCUCUUGUAUCGAUUGAAUAGUCUUUUCAAUCGUGGCCGGACAUCUAUCCUUAUACGAAUCGAGCCUUUCCCCAGGUGUGGAAUAGCAUGUUUGGUUCCGUUCUGUCUCAAACACCCAAGAACAAUAUAUUUUUAGUUUGUUUUAUUCGUUCAAUCAAGGUUCUUCUUUGAUUGAUUGAUGCUGCGUACUUUGGUCAAAACAAGCACCCCCUGUGCUCGUAUUAUGUGCAAUACUUUGUGAUUUUGGUUUUAAAAUCUAAUGUCACGAGAUCCAUCUUAAAUAACAUUUAGGGGUGGGAAAACGAUUGCGGUUUUGCGGUUAAACAGAAAUCACACCGAAUAAGAGCGGUUUAUAGUUAACCGCAAACCGUUUAAAAGGGCCUUUAUUUGGUAACAGUUAGUGGAAUUGGCUCUUCUACGGUUUGUGAACUAACCACACACCGCACCGGAUAAGUAACCCCCACCCAAUAACUUAUCGUGCAUGACCAGCCCAGGCCUAACCCAUCCAACAACCAAAAAUUCAAUCCCUCUCCAGCCCAAAGCCCCAAUUUAUCCACAAACUUCCAAGUUCCCAAAUUGGCCUAGGGUUCCAUUCCUUCCUUUCUAGUCUCGACCUUUCCUUUGUUGCUCGCAGGUCACAGCGCUUCUGGACGCCUAAACCUUUGUGGCUUUGUCGACUAUCGUCGGCGAAGAGGAAAACAUCGGCCAGCGUGCAACGAGCACCAAGCAGCGGAGCACGAGCAUGCGUCCAGCUCCACCGGUGGCGUGCACGAGUAGAGGAGCAGGCGUUCCUGUCCGUCACCGUCGAGAAGUAGAGCAAAGCAUAAGCGACAGAGGAGGAGGAGGAGUUCGUCGUUUGCACCGUUUAACUCUUAAUCGCAUUGUGUGGUUUGAAGUGCAAUUAACCGCAAUUAACUACUAACUGUAAUUUGCGGUUAGUGGUUCACGCAAACCGUUUGCAUUGCGGUAACGGUGGGUGGUUUUUCCUUUGUGCAAUUGCUAUUAACUGCGCUUAUUCGAUGCAGUUAACCGCAACGACACAGUUUCUCCCCCUAAUAACAUUAAUUUUCAUAA